CGACCGCGCCAAUCUAUAAAACCCUAGCGUCCUAAGGCGAGGGUUUCUCCGCCCAUCGUCUUCUUCCUCUCUCGCGCGCGGCGAAACCCUAGUGGAGGCGGAGCAAGCAUCAGAAACCCUAGAGCUCCACCUCAACCAUGGCGGUCGGGAAGAACAAGAGGAUCUCGAAGGGCAAAAAGGGAGGAAAGAAGAAGACGGUCGAUCCCUUCUCGAAGAAGGAUUGGUACGAUAUCAAGGCCCCUUCGGUGUUCAACGUGAGGAAUGUGGGGAAAACCCUAGUCUCGAGGACUCAGGGUACCAAGAUUGCCUCUGAGGGUCUCAAGCACAGAGUUUUCGAGAUUUCCUUAGCUGACCUUCAGAAUGAUGAAGACCAGGCUUACAGAAAGAUCCGCCUUCGCGCAGAGGAUGUGCAAGGCAAGAAUGUCCUCACAAAUUUCUGGGGCAUGGAUUUUACCACCGACAAGCUUAGAUCUUUGGUGAGGAAGUGGCAGACUUUGAUUGAGGCACAUGUGGAUGUCAAAACUACUGAUAAUUACGCUCUUCGUAUGUUCUGCAUCGCCUUUACCAAGAGACGCCCGAAUCAGGUUAAGCGCACCUGCUAUGCACAAAGCAGCCAGAUUAGACAGAUUCGCCGCAAGAUGAGAGAGAUUAUGGUCAACCAAGCUACAUCAUGCGAUCUUAAGGACCUGGUACAGAAAUUCAUCCCCGAGGUCAUUGGAAAGGAGAUUGAGAAAGCCACAAGCAGCAUCUUCCCUCUCCAGAAUGUGUUCAUCCGCAAGGUCAAAAUCCUGAAAGCCCCCAAGUUUGAUUUGGGAAAGCUUAUGGAGGUCCAUGGGGACUACAAAGAGGAUCUUGGUGUUAAAGUGGAUAGGCCUGCUGAAGAUGUUCCGGCGGAGGGUGAGCAAGAAAUUGUCGGAGCAUAAACGAGAACAGCAAAUUGUCAUAAUUUUCCAAGAAUAGAUCUUUAUUAGGUUAGAAGAUUAUGCCACUUUGAUAGUGGAUGGUCUGGGCUCUUAAGCAGUUUUGCUAAAUCAAUUAGUCACUUCUGUUUAAUUUUGUGUUGUUUAUUCGCAACUGCUCAUCUCUUUUGUUUGAGACCAAUGAUAGAUGCUCCCGGGUUUGUAAAACGGUAUCAGUACAUUUAAGUUGAAUUUUUUAGCUCUGCAAUUUUUAUU